AUGGAAAACGUAGGCUUCGUUUCCGGUGCCGCACUCCCUCGAGAAGAGAAGCCAACGCAGGAAGCAGAACCUUCCACAUCUAAACAAACAACACUUGGGAAUUUCUUUGGUGCUUCGGAAGGACCCAACUCAACGCGGAUGAAUGUAGUAUUUGGUUACGAGGGAUAUAAAGGGAAGCAGAAGGAGAUCAUAGAGACAGCGAUACUCGGCGUCGAUGUGUUUGUCGUUGCUCCAACAGGCAUGGGGAAGAGUGCUUGCUUCCAAAUACCGGCGGCCGCAGAAAAGAAUGGUGUAACCCUGAUCGUUUCGCCGCUUUUAGGUGUGGUUUGUGUCAUUCGUCAAAAUGAUUUUACUGAAGUCUGGUUUUUAGCUCUGAUGAAGAAUCAGGUCUCCAGACUGCAAGAUCUGAAUAUCCCUGCUGCAUCUUAUACUUCAGACACGCUCGGCCCAGAAAAGAAGAAAAUAAUUGCUGAUUUGCGGAGUAGUUGUCCAACUACACGUCUAUUAUACCUCACUCCGGAGAUGUUGUCGAGCGCAGAGUUUAACAAGGUUGUCGAAAAGCUCUGUCGACGAGGCGAACUGAAUCGCCUCGUAGUGGAUGAGGCUCAUUGCAUUUCCGAAUGGGGACACGAUUUCAGAUCAGUGUAUCGAAAGUUAGGAUCUUUUCGAGAGAACUAUCCGGAUGUUCCGAUUAUGGCACUGACUGCUAGUGCAACAAAGACAGUUCAAGAAGACAUCGUUAACAGCCUUCGGAUGGAUCGCGAUCGCAUGCUUCGGGUUACGCAUCCGUUCAAUCGUGAGAACCUCUUUUACGAGGUGCGCUACAGUACGGAUAUGUCUCAGGAGGAACGAAUGGUGGACGUAUUCCAGUUCAUUUCUCUCCUGCAUAAGCGUCGUGGUCGCCCGUCUUCAGGUAUUGUUUAUUGUCGCCUUCGAGCUACAUGCGACGAACUUGCCCGAUAUCUGCGUUGUAAUGGGCUCAGUGCUAGGCCGUACCAUCGUGGACUAAAAUCGAGAGAACUCGAUAGAACACUGCAAGAAUGGCAGGAAGGUGGAAAUGGCGAAGGAGGCUGCGAUGUGGUCGUCGCUACGAUAGCGUUUGGCAUGGGUAUUGACAAGGCAGACGUGAGGUACAUAGUGCACUAUGAUCUACCUAAGAGCCUUGAAGGAUAUUACCAGGAAACAGGCAGAGCGGGCCGUGAUGGUGAUCCCGCAAAGUGCGUGCUUUAUUAUACCAGGGAGGAUGCAUUAGCGGCAAAUUUUUUCGUAAAGAAAUCUUACAAUGACAGAAAAGAAACCCAAGCCGCUCAAAUGUUACCAAUGUUCUGUGCACCUGAGCCAAGCCAGCGGUGUUUGGACAGCUUUAGUGCUCUCAUUAACUUGGCUGAGAACAUUGAUGUCUGCCGACAUAUCUCCAUAUGUCGCUAUUUUGGAGAACUCAUCGAUGAGAAUGAUGAGGCUGUUCGUAAGUCGUAUUGUGAUCGCAUGUGCGACGUAUGUAAAUAUCCUGAAAAGGUGAAACAACGCAAGCUUGCACUAUCCUCUGAGGAAGGCGUGCUUGCCCAGAUCGAAAAACUUCAGAAGCGAGCCAAGGCUGCGGUGGAUGAACAAGCAGUUUAUGAUGUUGCAGUCGGUGAAACGGGUCUGGAUGGAUAUGCCGAAGAGGAUGACUGGGGUGACGCCUUGAAUGCAGCCGACCUCGACCGAGGAUCUUCUGAGCAAAACGGCCCAUGCCCGAAUCCGGCCAAUGCUCAGGCCGGACGGUCCACAUCGACAGCAGCUGUGGGAAUCAAACGUACUGCUUCAACGACCGGCACGUAUUCAGUCGAUCCGUCGAAACGCCCGAAGAUCGAUUAUUCCAGACCGUUAUGCGCCUCUGGAGUGUCUGGAGCAGUGAAGAAUCCAUUCAAAGCGCCAUUCAAAAUACCCUUCAAGGUACCGUUCAAAGAACCGCCUCAGGCACCUGUGCAGGGAGAAGCUUGCUCUAAACCUCCUUCUGAGACGAGUAUCGCAGAUGACCCCUCCAAGUGUCUGUCUCCUGAAGAUGCCCAACUCGAGUCACCACCUGAAUCCAAAGCAGAUGUCAUUGAGCAGGACGCAAGUCAGCCAACAAAAGCUCCGGUUGAGAUGGAUGAAGUUGAGGUUACUUCCGAUGAGGACCACGAGGAACCUCAAGAGUCAGAGAAAGACGAAGAUAUAAUCAGGACCUCGGGUUCAGUAGUUGACUUGUUCAAUGAGGCGGAGCGAGAGUUAGCGGAUGAUACGGACCGUCAAGGGCGUGUCCUUGAGCAGAGCUUGAAGGACAAAUCCGAAAAGGUCUGGAACAGAAGUGUCUCACCUUUCUCCGGGCACGAGGACGAAGAGGAAGUAGAACUCGAAGCACCGUUUUCAAGCAAGAUACCUCUCACCCUGCGUGAACAAGCAAUGUCCAAAAUCAAAUGCGCACUUCACACACUUUUCAUCAAAGACAAACGCGGAGAAGUAUUGUGGAAGAAGGCGGGCGUCAGAACACCUUGGCAAGAUGAACGGGCAAAACUACUCGGACCCAUCGCGCGAGAAGUCGAGUUCGCAAGUGCAUUCUUGCUGAGUGUGACAAAGAAAGGAUACAAGGAACGGACGGCUUGGAGUAUUGCUGCUAUUGAAGCAUUGACUAACGAUGAUGCUUGGGAAGUUGGCUGUGACGAAGCGCUGGAAGAUGCGAGAGAAGUGGCAGCUAAUAUUCGUCGGAUUGUGAAGAACAAGUGAAUAUGGUUAUAUUAUGGAGAACUGAG